AUGAACAAAGGUCUCAUUGGGUUGAGCCCGAUACAGCAAGCACACAUUUAUUCAUUUUGUGAAAACCAUGACAAGGCCAUUCAGGUCUUAGAGGGAAUGUCCGGUCAUAGAUCAGAGAUGGCCAUGUUUAUGUUGUUAGCAAAAGUUCAAAUGAAGGCUAAGAAAAUCAAGGAAGCAGUAAGAAUGUUUAAGAAGGCCUUAGAACUCUUUUCCAGUUCUAAUAAAGGACCGAAUGUCGUAGCUGCUUCAGUAGACUGUCUGCAUAACUUAGGUCUUUGUUAUGUGGAGGAAGGCAACUUGAAAAUGGCUUUUGAUUAUUUUACAAGAGCUGUGAAAACAAAUCCAGAUUUUGCAGAAGGUUUCUACCAACGAGGGCUUUGUAAAGUGAAACUCCAGAAGGACAGCUCGAUUCUGGAUUUUAAUCGUGCAAUUGCUCUCAAUCCAAAACAUUUCCAGGCAUAUUUAAGCAGAGUAGCCUUCUAUGGUUUAAAAGGUAGAUACUCAAAAGCAAUUUUGAAUUGUAAUGAGGCCAUCAGAAUUUAUCCUCAGAGUGUGCGUGCCUAUCUCUACAGAGGAGUUCUGAAAUACUACAACAAGAAUUACAAGUUAGCUAUUAAAGAUUUAACCACAGUCGUCAACAUGGACAAAAACAGUUAUGUAGCAUUUUAUAACAGAGCAUUGUGUUACACCAAGAUAAAGGAACUUCAAAUGGCAUUAAUAGACUUUGGAAUUGUGCUGCUCCUUGAUGCCAGAGAGACUAUAACAUUAAAUACCUUCAUUAAUCGUGGACUCAUCUACACAGAAUUAGAGCAGUAUGGCCUUGCAUUAGAGGAUUUUAAACAAGCCGCCUCGAUAAGCCAGACUAACGUCAUUCUCUGCCAAGCUGCUGCCUUAUGCCACCACAGAAUUCACGAAUUCAGAGAAGCUAUUGAUUCCUUUAGCCAAGCUCUUAAAGUUAACCCACUGUUCCUGGAUGCUUAUAUCGGGCGGGGGAAUUCUUACAUGGAAUUUGAACAUGAGGAAGCCAUCAGGCAAGCGCAGAAGGACUUCCUGAAAGCACUGCAUCUUAACCCUGUAUGCACAAAAGCCAGAAUUAGUCUGUGCUAUAAUUUGCAGGCCCAAGGAAAAUUACAGAAAGCUUGGAACCACUUCACCAUCACCAUGGAAAUUGAUCCACAGAGCUACCUGGCCUACGAAGGAAGAGCCGUGGUCUGUCUUCAGAUGGGCAUUAAUUUUGCUGCCAUGCAAGAUAUUAAUGCAGCUCUAAAGAUCAAUACUACAGCAGAGUUCUUAACAAAUCGUGGUGUGAUUCAUGAGUUUAUGGGUCAGCGACAGAAUGCAAUGAAAGACUAUCAAGCUGCAAUUGCUGUAGACCCCAAGUACUCGCUGGCUUACUUUAAUGCCGGAAAUAUCUACUUUCACCACAGGCAGUUUUCUCAGGCCAAUGACUACUACUCAAAGUCUUUAGAAUUUGAUCCAGAAAAUGAAUAUGUUCUCAUGAAUCGAGCUAUUAUAAAUACAAUAUUAAAUAAAUAUGAAGAAGCAAAAGAAGAUUUUGCAUGUGUAAUUGACCGCUGUCCAUGUUGGGCUGCAGUAUAUUUAAACAGAGCAUAUUUGUACUGCUGCUUAAAGCAAUAUGAUCUUGCAGAGGAAGAUCUUAGUAGAGCACUGUCUUUGAAGCCUAAUGAUGUGGUAGUAUAUAAGCUCAGAGGAGAAGUUCGUGGUAAAAUGGGGAUGACUGAAGAAGCUAUCGCUGACUACAACCAAGUCCUUGAUCUUGAAGAGUGUGCCCUAGUUACCUGAGUCCGUGGACUGUACUCUGAUUUCUAUGGUAGCUUACAUUCACGUGACUCUUCUUCCUGAAACUGAAGUGUUCGGAAGUUUUAGAAUAUUUUCUGCAUACUUAGAAUAUCUCAACAAUUGAAUUUCUUCAUAAAAGGCUGAAUUUAAAUGAGAAUGUUUCUCCAGGAAUAUGAAUGUUUAAAAUAUUUUCUCUAAAGUAAAAGAAUUUCCUUUGAAGUAAAAUGAUUGUAGAAAAAUGUUAUCAACCUUUUCAUGAAUUCCUACUGAGAAUGUGUCCAACACU